AUGGGGGCUUCGUCUACCAUGAAGGCCAUUGUUAUCGACAAGAACGGAGGACCAGAAGCGCUACGGGUAGCUGAAGAUUUCCCCGUGCCCACAGUCAAAGAUGGCGAAGUUCUUGUAAGAACCAAGUAUAGCGGAAUCAAUUACAUCGAUACCUAUUUCAGGUCGGGCCUGUACCCAGCACCCACAUUACCGCUGGUCCUAGGGUAUGAAGGUGUGGGCGAGGUGGUUUUGGUAGAAGACCAGAACCCAUACGGACUACGACAAGGCGAUGAGGUGAUCUGGAUGAAUAUGGGGACCUAUGCCGAAUACUGUGCUGUCCCUGCAGAGAAACUGGUCAAAGUUCCCAGAGGCAUUUCUUCCGAGGACGCGCUGGGUAGCCAUCUCAUGGGCAUGACGGCGUUUUCGUUGGUUAAAGAGUCGUACGAGGUAAAGAAAGGCGAUACGAUCCUGAUCCACGCUGCGGCUGGGGGUGUCGGGCUCCUGCUGUGCCAGAUUCUCCGAAGUAUUGGAGCCACCGUCAUUGGCACGGCAUCGACGACCGAGAAAUGCGAAACCGCCGAGAAGCACGGCGCGACGUAUAUGAUCAAUUACAAGGAGAAUCCCGAUUGGGUCACCGAAGUUAAGAAAAUCGUGCCAGACGGAGUUGACUGCGUAUAUGACGCGGUCGGAAAGACCACGUGGCAGGGUUCCCUGGACGUUGUGCGUCGCAAAGGUUCGGUGAUUUAUUAUGGCAGUGCAUCUGGGCCUGUCCCUCCCCUAGACAUUCAAGUCCUCGGGAAGAAGAACACGAAGAUCAUGCGAGCCGUGGUGAUGCAGUACAUUGUCACGAGAGAGGAACUGGAACACUACACUGGUCUGUUGUUCGAGGCUUUGAAGACUGGAAUCCUCAAAGUCAACAUACACAAGAUAUACGACAUGAAGGACGUGCAGCAGGCCCACCGGGAUCUGGAAGGGCGGCUCACGAGUGGGAAAUCGCUCCUGAGGAUUUCUCCGUAA